AUGCCAUCGAUCGCCAUUGCUGGCUCUACAGGCCAUCUUGGCCAGCAUAUUACUGCUGCUGUUACCUCUCAACAGUUCAUAUCCGCCUUUACCAAGGUCAUACUUCUCUCACGAAAGGAUCCCUCACAGCUCCCGCCUACCUCUGCCCCCAACAUCAUUCGCCGGCAGUACCACGAGGGCAACAUCAUGGAUGUCCUCCGGGAUGUCCAGAUCCUCGUAGACGCAAUUGGUCCCGGCGGUCAUGACCUCAAGGAUAAGUUAAUCGACUCCGUACCUUAUACGCCGGUGCGCACUUACCUUCCGUCCGAGUUCGGGGUCGACCACUACAUCCACGACUUCUCCCAUCCGGUGUGGGACCAGAAAAAGAAGCAUCUGGAGCAUGCACAGACAGCCAUCGGGCCCUGGUUUGGGUUUAAUACGAGGACGGGGGUGUACGAGGCCGUCGGUUCGGCAGACACUCCGAUUUCGUUUACUGCAUUGGAUGAUGUUGGGAAGGCGGUUGCACAGAUCACCGCGCACUCCUUUUUGUUUUCAACAGAUCAGUUACCGGAUAUCAUCCAUAUUUCAGGCGAUACAAAAUCAUUCCGGCAAAUAGCUGAUUGCAUGUCUGCUGCCGGGGCUGGGGAGAUCCAGAUAAAGGAGCUUAAUCUGAAGGAAUUUAAAGCCAAUGCGAUUAAUAAUGCUACCCCCGAUCCAGCGCAGUGUAUACGCUUCUUAAUGGGAGAGGAUAAGAUCAACAAUACGAAACGCCAUGUUAUGCAGGAUGUCAUGGUGAAUCCACGCCAAAAAAUCUGGAAGUGGAAGACGGUGGCGGACCUUGCUCGGGAAACAAAUGGCCGGCCAUGGAAAGAUAUCGAGUGGCCCAUGAAUAAAUAA